GUGGUGGUGGCUGUAUUGAUUUUGAACUGCUCCCAAAGUUUCCAACGGCCAACUUUUAACGGCCGUCUGAAAUCGAGAACAUUGUGUGUGUGUGUGUGUGUGUGUGUGUGUGUGUGUGUGUGUGUGUGGGAUAACGUGGGAGUGUGUUUUGAACGCCAUCGUUUCCUGCUUGACCCUGUUCUGUGCACAACCACUGUUAUCAACAGGAUUAGUCACAAAUCCAAGAUUAUGCUGUUAUUAUGUCGUAUGCUUUUUUUUUCUGGGAGUUGGACAGCCAGGUCAACCAGAAGGUUCGGUGACUUCACUUCUUCCUUUUCAACACCAGAUUCGGGCCCUUUCAGUCUUCCCACCUCUGGCCCUGCACUCCCAAAACCAGAAUAUGGCGGCGGCUGCAGCUCCUCUCCGUCCCUAGCAGGAGGGCUACAGGAGCAGUCUGAUUCCCUCCUCGCUUCCCUCCCCAAGCCCACAUGGCCCGCAGGAGUCCCCCCGCCCUGAGCCGGGAAGACAGGGAUUCAGCACCGGGGAGCCCCGGGGCCGGCGCCGACCCCGACCCCGACCCCCAGCUGGGGCCCGGGGUCUUCUGCAAGCUGUGCCUCGGCGAGCAGCCCUCGGCGGCCACCAGCGACCUGCGGGGCUGCGACUGCAGCUUCUGCACAGACUGUUUGCAGCAGUAUGUUCAGCUGGCCGUCAUGGAGGGUGGGGGGGCGCCCAUCACCUGCCCAGAUAUGGCCUGCCAGAAGGCCGGCGUGCUAUUGGACUCUGAGAUCGCCAGCCUGGCUGCAGCGGAUCAGGUGGAGCUGUAUCGACGGCUGAAGUUUGAGAGAGGAGUGAAGCUGGACCCCAGUAAGGCCUGGUGCCCGGCGCUCGACUGCCAGGCGGUGUGCAGCGUGCAGCCGGGCACCGAGGGCCGGCCCCGCGACGUGCCCUGCCCCGCCUGUCGCACCGUCUUCUGCUCCGGGUGCAGGGGCCCCUGGCAGGACGGACACACCUGCCCCGAGCGCCAGCCCAUGAUGUCGCCCUCGCCCUCCCACGGGAGCAGGGCGCGCUCCGACAGCCUCUCUGAAACGCCCAUCAAGCAGUGUCCUAUGUGCGGCAUAUACAUCGAGAGGAACCAGGGCUGCGCGCAGAUGCUGUGUAAGAGCUGCAAACACACCUUCUGCUGGUACUGCCUGCAGAAUCUGGAUGGCGACAUCUUCCUGAGGCACUAUGACAAGGGGCCGUGCAGAAACAAGCUGGGACACUCCAGGGCCUCGGUGAUGUGGAACAGGACGCAGGUGGUGGGUAUCCUGGUGGGGGUCAGCAUCAUCAUGCUGGUGACGUCUCCACUCAUCCUUCUGGCCUCACCCUGCAUCCUGUGCUGCAUCUGCAAGCCCUGCAGAGGGAAGAAGAAGAAGAAGAAGAAGAGGAGGAAGAAGGACCUCGGCCAGCCAGACUCUUCCUCCACGUCAUAGCAGCCGACCCGACCCGGGAUCACUCCCGAAGAAAGGUGCAAGUGAUGGAAAUGAAUGAACUUAUGGAACAAUGGAGCACUUUUUCCAUUUCCAAUUGAAUGUAAUAUAUUCACCGACGUUGCUUUCAGAUGCCCAACUGGUGGCAAGGAAGAGGCGGUGGCGGCUGUGAGAGUUUACCUGGAAUGGGCUGUCUCUUUGUCUCUCACACACACACACACACACACACACACACACACGCAGUCAACGCCACCCUCAUGUGCCAAAUGUCAUGAUGCCAAACCAGAGGUGUUAGGUGCUCAAGUGCCUCACUCUACAGUGCCUGGUGCUUGGUUGUAUUUGCUUUGCCUUCCAUUCUAUCUUUAUCUUAUGCAAAAAGAAAAAGGAAAAUGUUUGCAUUAUGAAAAGUUACAACCGUCAGGGUUGUUAAUCCCGAGUUAAAGAAGAUGCAAAACAUUCUGUCAUAAUGCGAGAGGGGCGAAUGGCAUCAUGUGUGCACUGUAUAUAUUGAUAUGAUAAUAUGAUAUGAUGAUAUGAUAGGGCUUCAGCGGUGCACAGAGGACUUUUGUUUGUUGUUUCCACCUGGUGUGUGUUCCAGACCAAAGGCUCUAAAGGAUGAUGUGUGGACUUUUUUCUAAAAGUGUGUUAAUAUGUAUUUAUGGGUUUCUCUGUAUGUAUGUAUGUAUGGUCUCCUGUUUAUUGUUUCUACGUUUCUGUUGAUGUUUCUGCAUCAGACAUUUUCUAAAAGCGCAACUGUAAUUGAAAUAAACGUGCUGUAUUGUACAUGCAU